GCUUGAGUUGAGAUGUGCAACAAAACAGAGUCGAGAACGUGAACUUGAGCAACCUACGCUGAUCAGUCGCAACGCAGCAAGCUACCGUUUAAGAUGCCAUCGAAUGCGCUGGCCUGCAUCUGUAAUGUGAUCAAUCCCUGUCGCAAUGAGGUCUCCACCACGUUUGUCGUCGUCCAAUGGCUAAUCACAGGAUUCGCUGCACUCUCGCAAGUUGUGCGCCCCGUGCUCUUGCUCUUCGGCAUACGUGGCGAGGUGGCGCUAAAUCAGGAGGAUUACAACAGGACAUGGAUCUAUAUGCCCAAUGGUGAGGGCAAGCCUGAGGUGGCCUAUCUUGUGGAGCCGCCGCCAGAGAAUCGCAUUAGUCUGCCACAGCUGAUUCAAUUCGAAUAUUAUGGCAGCGAUGCUCCCGAUGACAUGCGCAGCUCCAGCUUUUGGAUCGAUGAGAACAAUUUUCAGCGCGAUAAACGCGACAAACGUGACACCUGGCAGGAGAUGGCCGAGAAAUUCGAUCCCAAUCUAGACACCAAGAUUCUCGUACACGGCUGGAAAUCGAGCACCAUGAGCAACUCGAUCCAAUCGAUUAGAGGUGCCUAUUUGCAGCGUGGCCAAGUUAAUGUGUUCGCCAUCAACUGGCGGGAUCAGGCCGAUAAUAUUUAUUAUCUGACCCCCGCUCGCUAUACGGUGCAAGUGGGACGUGCUGUGGCCAAGUUAAUCGAUCUGCUGGUGGAAGAGAAGGAUGCAGAUCCGCAGCGUAUUCAUCUAAUUGGCCACAGCCUGGGUGCACAUAUUAUGGGCUAUGCCGGCUCCUAUACCAAAUAUCGAGUGAGUCGAGUGACAGGUUUGGAUCCAGCACGUCCGGCUUUCGAGGAUUGCAUUGGACCGGAGAAUCAUUUGGACAACACGGAUGCCAAUUUUGUGGAUGUCAUUCACAGUUGUGCGGGCUAUCUCGGCUUUCGGAAGCCCAUUGGCAUGGUUGACUUCUAUCCCAAUGGUGGCGGACCUCCACAGCCGGGUUGCAGUGAGAUAUCCCAGAUAUUUACUGGUUGCAGUCAUGGACGCUCCUAUGAGUAUUAUGCGGAGUCCAUCAACAGCGACAAGGGCUUCUAUGGCGUGCCUUGCACCACUUUAGAUCAGAUGAAGGGCAAAAACUGCACAGGCGGCAGGAUUCUGAUGGGCGAUCGAGUGCCGCAGGACGCGCGUGGCAUUUAUCUGGUCAAGACGGCCAAUAAACCGAGCUAUGCACUCGGCAUGGACGACCCUUGGACCAAGGAUUACAACAACAACAAUUGA